AUGAUUCGUCGUGCACAAACUGCCAUUCUAAACCCCAGCACUUCACCCCUUUCUUUUUUGGUUGGGGAAAUUCCGCAAGAUCCUCCAAGGCAGCUUCAUUUCUCCUCUAACGUUGUAUGCAUCGAUCUAUUAAGCCCGGAUGUGACAGAUCUUUCCUUCAUCGACUUGCCAGGGAUUAUCUCAAAUGUCGCCCCCGGUGAGGACAGGAGCUAUAUCGCAGUGGUAAAAGAGAUGGUUAGGUCGCACAUCAAAGGGAACACUCUGAUACUUUUGACAAUCACCAUGCGAGAUGAUAUAGACAAUCAGGGUGCCGCGGAUCUCGCUCAUACUGAAGAUCCGCUUGGAGAGCGUACAAUAGGCGUCCUAACGAAACCCGACACACUUCAACGUGGUGAGGAGCGUACCUGGAUGAAGAUCCUGGAGGGAAGUAGUCACCCUCUCAAGCAUGGCUACUUCAUGAUGAAACAAGCUUCUCCAGAGGAGUUAGAGAAGCGAAUGUCAUUUGAAGAUGCCCGUAAGAGUGAGAGAGAAUGGUUCCAAACAAAUGCUCCUUGGAAGGAUAUGUCAAACUUCCACAACCGAAUGGGAACUCGCAAUCUUACGAAGGAACUGAGUAGACUCUUAGGCGCGGUCAUAAAUCAGGCGUUACCAAAGCUAUGUAAAAUGUCCAAAGAGUCUCUUCAGCAAGUGUCGCACGAUAUUGCUGCUCUUCCACCACCGGUAGUGAAAACUUUGAAAGUCUCAUUCAGCAAUGCCGCCCUGCAUAUCAGAGAUUCAGGCAUAAUAUACGGCGAAAAUAUUCAAAAAUCGAUCACGCGGGAGCUACCAUUCAACGUCCCAUUCCGAGCAAAAGUGGCCCUGGUUGAGCAAUUCUAUGCAGACUGGCACCGCUAUUGCCAGACCUGUUUUGAUAGCAUAUAUGGAGCGACGUUGACAGAGCUACAGAUGCUCGUGGAUCAUCACUUCACUCAAUUCAAUGCAACGGCAUUGCUUGAUCAUAUGUUAAAAUUAGAGGACCCACCUUUCACGCUGAACGACCAUUAUUUCGCCACUUACCGAGACAAGUAUCUUUCACGAUACAAGGAAGCUCGUCAACCGCCAGACUUCAUCGAUGGUCAAGCGGUCAGGGAUGCCCUAUCAGCACUCGCAGCCAUUGGACUUGAUGGCCUGAAGGAUGCAGACUUGGCGCGAUUGCGGGGUCCUGACCCUUAUGAAGAAGAACUGACCGUGAUGGCUGAAACCUCCGCAUACUUCCAUGUGAGCUACAAGAGAAUCAUUGACAACAUCCCCAGGAUAAUUGACCAUGACUUUCUCCAUUCAAUAGGGAAAAAAAUUCAAGAUAUGAUGAUCCAAGACCUAUCAUUAGGAGCUGAGGAUGCAACAGAGAGAGCAGGUCGAUAUUUGGCUGAAGAUGAUCAAGUCAGAGCCCAAAGACAGGUAUGGCUGCGAAAGAAGGAGAGGCUCACCAUCAUACAGAAUAAAUUGUUUAACUUUGGAGCAUGAUUAUGGUCAGUUUCAGGGUUAAUUACUUAUGCAUGUUUGUUUCACUAUGUACGCGGAGGUCUAUGCGCAGUGCUACUGUACCCGAUUUCAUGCAUCACGAA